ACAGGGGAAGCGUCCUUGGAGACGUCGUUGGUGCUGUAACGUCACUGCGUCCACAGUGUCCGUGAUAAACAACUCACAGCCUAUCGAUAUUCCCACAGAGGCUAAUGAGAAAACGAUUCAAAGUCCGGAAGUCACCAUGACUGCAGCUGCUCUCAUAGGAGACCAGCUGAUCCUUGAAGAGGACUAUGAUGAGACCUAUAUACCCUCUGAACAAGAGAUCCAAGAGUACGCAAGAGAAAUUGGCAUUGAUCCCGACAGUGAGCCGGAGCUCCUGUGGCUGGCCAGGGAAGGCAUUGUUGCCCCUCUGCCUCCCGAGUGGAAGCCUUGCCAGGAUGUGACAGGAGACAUUUACUAUUUCAACUUCUCCUCGGGCCAGUCCACCUGGGAUCACCCCUGCGAUGAGCACUACCGCCGCCUGGUGGCUCAGGAGCGUGAGCGCGCCCAGCUCACAGCCGCCGCAGGAGGCCCGGGGGCGAAGAAGGACAAAGACAUCAAGAAGAAGAAGAAAAAGAAGGAGAAAAAAGAGAAGAUGAAGAAGGAGCCACUGAAGACUCCUGGAGCACUGAGUUCAGCCCUGGGACCCCUACCAUCCCCGCUGGGCAGCCUGGCUCCUCUGAGAGGUCUGGAUGCCCCUGGCCCAGGCCCACUCCCCGGAUCUGCCCCCGCUCUCCGGCGGUCCCUCGGCAGCUCUGGGGGACUGGAGCCCCUAAAGACAUCCCUUGGGGGCCCACGAAGCAGUGGAGCAUCCAGUGUUUUGGGCAGCAGGCAGGAGGAGAGGGUGUCUCUCACUCUGCCUGGCUUUGAUGAUGAUGAUGACGACGACGAUGAGAAAAUCUCAGAAAACGAGCCGAGUCCACGCGGUUCAGACCGACUACUGAAGAACCUUCAUCUGGACCUGGAUGCCCUUGGAGGAGGCCUACAGUAUGAGGACAGUGAGGCCAGUGGUGGAGCUCCAGCUGAGGAGAGGACAGAGCCAGAGUUGCAGGACUUGGCCCUAUCUGGAGACCACAGCCCUGAACCACCGUCCCAACAGGACUCUCUGAGGGGCCGCCACCUCCUCCUGUCCUCGCUGGCGGGCAGCAGAAACCAUGUCAGUGUGGAGGGGGCAGGUCCGGUCAGCCCUGUCUCUGAGCGUUCUGCUCCACAGGAAGUAGCAGAGGAGUUAAAUGAGCAGGUGGAGGAGGAAGAGGGGGAGGAGGAUGCAGGAGAGUUGAACGAUCAGGAUGUUCAGAAAGAGAAGGGCGAGGACGAAGGAGGAGGGCAGCCAGAGGAGUUAAAUGAGGUGUUGGAAGAGGAGGAGGAGGAGGAGGAAGAGGCAGAAAAGUUGGAAGACGAGGAUCUUGAUAGCGUGAAGAGAGAGAAGGAAGGAGGAGGAGAAGCAGAGGAGGGAGGGACAGAGGAGAAAGGAGAGGUAGGAAAUGAGCUGGAAGAUGGAGAGGCACCGGAUGAGGAAGCAGAUGAGAGAAAAAGCAAAGAAGAAGGGGAUGGGUCUGUAGAAAGCAAGAAAAAAGAGGAGGAGGUAGAGAGCGAUGAGAUAGAGGAGGAAUGCUGUGAAGGUGAGGAUGAAGAGAAAGACGAGGGGGAUGGUGGAGUGUCAGAAAACAUGAAACACAGUGAGAAGCAGGAGAGCAAUGAAGGAGGGCAAAAUGGCAGCAAGAAGGAAGUAGAAAGUUGCGUUGAAAGGCAGCAUGAUGAGAGCAAAGCCGGAGAAGAGAACAUAGAGAGCGAUGAGGGUGGGGAGAGUUUAACAAAGGAGAAAGAAGAGGUGGAGGAAGACGAAGAAAAACAGCAAUUGGAGGAAGAUAGCGAGGAAGUUGUGGAGAAGUGCUUCGAAAGUGAUAAAGAUGGAGGGAGUGAGGAGGAGGACAAAAACGACAAAGAGGGAGAUGAGCUCGAGGUAAGCGUAGAUGAGGAAGAAGGGCAGGUUGAGAGUGAGGAAGAGGAGGUGGAGAUGGAUAGCGAAAGGGAGCAAGAGGAGGAGGGCGGCGAGAGCGAUGAGGCUUUGGAGAGAUGCUCCCUGAGCCAGAGGAGGCUGACGGAGAGUGACGAGGAGGUGAUAGAGAGGUGUGUACAGAGUGAAGGAGGAGAGACGGAGGGGGAGGGACUGGAGGUAGAUGAGGAAUCAGACGCCCAAAAGCCCCAAACUGCACCAGAGAGUGAGGAGGAAGCCGUCGAGGUUUUUGAGACUGGGACGGCUCAAGUCCGGCCAGCCGAGCUGGGCGACGAGACGAUCCCGAGCGACCUUAAAACGCUUGACCAAAAGAGAAAGACUCUUGCUGCUGGCAAGAUGAAGAAUGUGACAAAAAAAUGCCCCCUUCCCGCAGAGGAGUCUGAGGCCAGUAAGAAUUUUGAGGAGGCUUCAUCCUCCAUAGACGUCAAGCUGUCGGAGAAGGUUCUGGACAUCAAUGACCUGUCUGGCACUGUUAGUCCACUGGAGAAAGACGGCAAAGAGGAAACAAAAGAAGAGGAUGAUAAGGAGGAGGCAAAGACAAUGAGGGCAGAGUCUGCCAAAAGGCAUUUACAGGCUGCUGGCAAAGACAACCCUUCAGCUCCCAAAGUUGACCGACUGGUCCUCCACCAGUCCAGCCCUUCGCCCUCCCUGUCAAGCCCGUCCCACUCAGAGCAAAGUGCCGGGCUCCAACUCAAAACCGAAGGCCUCGGCACGUCUCUGGGGCUACAAAGGCCAGAAACCUCCAGAGGUCGGCUGGUCCGCACUUCCAACACACAACUCGAAGACGCUGACCCCCCUUUACAAAACCAAGAGAGCCCACUGAAAGAAGAGGCAAGCUGGAGAAUCCAGAAAGACAGAGAGAAGAAAGAAGAGGAGGAGGAUGAGGAGGAGGAGGAGGAGGAAGAGAGGAGGAGGAGAGCGAGGAAAGAGGAGAGGGAGAGGGAGUGGAGGAAGGCUGAUCGAGAGGUGGACGAGGACAGGGAGCGUUUGAUGAAGGAGAAGGAGAAGAGAAUGCGUCUCCUUCAGGAGGAGCUGAGGCGAGAGGAGGAGGAGGAGGAGAGGAAGCUGAAGGAGGAGAGCGAGGAGAGACUGAGGGCGCUGCGGCAGAGUCUCCUGUCUAAGAGGAGAGAGGAGGAGGCCAGGCUGAAUCAGGAGUCUGACAGGAUGCUGGAGGAACUCAGAGAGUCUGCCAAGGGGGAGAGGGAGAAGCAGCAACACAAACUCAGGGAGGAGAGUGAAGUCAUGCUAAAGGAGUUACACAUCACUCUAGAAGAAGAACGAGUGGCGGAGCGUGACAAGUUGGAGGCCAAGAAGAGGCAGGACAUUGAACGUCUGAAGGCAGAGUCAGAAGAGGAGCUCCAAGCUGAGAAGAGGAGACUCAAGGGAGAGAGGGAGGAGAAGCUGAACUCUCUGAAACAGGAGGUCAAAAUCACAGAGAGGAGGAGGGAGCUCAUGAGUCCACGACCUGAACAGCAACUGGCAGAGUACCACCGAGAGCUGGCUGAUGUUCUCCAGGAAGUGCGGGAGGAAGUGCAGCGUGAUCACGAGAGGAAGCUGGAGCAGCUGAGGGAGGACCACAGGAGAGAGAUGAACAGCAUCCGAGAGAAAUACCUGGAUGAGGAGACUGCUCAGAGGGAGCGCUUGCUUUCCACUCUACAGGAGGACAGAGAGCGUCUCCAGGCCUCACAUGCUGUCCAACUGGAGAAACUCCGCCUGCAGCUCGACACACAGAUACAAAAGACACAGCUGACACACUCACGCAAGGAGUCAGAACUGCAGGAUCUGGCAGAUCAGUUGGAGCUGAGAGCCAAAGAGCUGAAGAGCCAGGAGGCCAUGCUGCAGACCAAGGCAGCAGAUCUGAAGAGGAGGAGGAAGAAGCUUGGGGAGGAAGAGGACGACGUGGAGAGACAGAUAGAGGCGUUACCCCGGCUGAUCCACGAGAGAGACCAGUUGAAAGAGGAGCUGGAGAGGAUGAGAGAGGAGAAACAUCAAGCCAGAGAACUCAUCCAGAGAGCGAGGGAGGAGAGGAGUGAGGCCAAGGAGCAGCAGGAGAUUUUGAGGGAGGAGAGAGACAGAGCUAGGGAAGAGAGCAGGAGGGUCAGGGAGGACAAGGAACGACUGCAGAGCAAGGUGGCGCUGCUGCAGGAGAGAUGCAACCAUCUCAGUCGCAGAGCCAGUGACAUGGAACAAGGCGAAGGAGUGAGCUGCAACCCCAGACCAGAACCUAAACAGGACAAAAAGAAUGCAGAGAAAGCAGAGGUGGUGGCGCCCUCAAGUGACAGAAGAGACUCAUUGCUACAUCUGGAAGACCUGGAGGACCCGCCACUCUCCCCUGUACCUGACAGCCACAGCAGCAUGGAAGAGUUCAGACACUACAUCUCCUCACAUGGCGCAUCCAUCCAAAAAACUAAACUCUUCCUGGAGAGGGAGACCAGAAGGCUGAUGGAGAGACAGGCAGCUCUGCGGGCAGCCCAGACCAUCUCCUCACAGGACUCCAACCAGGAAGGAGGGGUAACUGAAGAGAUGAUAAGAAACCUACAGCAGGAGGCCAGAAAUGUUGUGGAGCUGCAGCAGACGGUUCAGAGAGGAAACACUCUCCUCCGGAGGAAAGAGGAGCAACUCCAGCAGUUGGAGAGCUCUAUAGCUGAAGAGCCGCUGUUUGAGGAUCUGUCUCGGCUGGCAGGAGAAAGGAAGGUGACCUUUGAUGUGACCGAAUCUGACCUUAGCAGCACUGCGGACCCACCAGAUGGGACAGGUCACCCCACUGUCCCGGACAAAGUCCAGGAGUUAGCAGAGUCUCUGCAGCAGAUCUCAGGCCAGCUGAACACGGUCCUGGGUGCCUUGGGUUCACUGGCCCAGAGGCAAAGUGCCUCAUCCUAUACAGCCUUCCCUCCGCCUCUGUCUCAACCUCACUCCAACCCAGCUCCGACCUCCGCCACCUCCACCUCUGCCCCAGUCAUGCCCCAGAUGUACACCCUGGGCCCCAGCUCCUUACCUCCACCUCCCCCGUUGAGGCUUUCAGAGCCGUCCUGGAACUGGGCGCCUCAAGGCUCCUCGGCAGCCACCCCUCUCUUCAGUACCCCUGUCAGCAGUGGCCUAAGGGCCUCUGAGGACCUCUUCAACAGCCGAUGGAGCCAGAUAUUCCCCAGAGCAGCUACGAACCCAAUCACCUCCAGCACCAUGAGGCCACCCUCAGCUUACUCAUACACUCCUAUAAGUGAACAUGGUCGUAGCCUGCGGUCCAUGCAGAAGUCAGUGGAGGUAGACGGCCAGAGGCUGCAGGGGCUGAUUGACGGCAACAAGAGGUGGCUGGAGACGCGCAAGAAAGACACCAACAUACCUCUGUUCACUCGCUAUCAGGCUCCUUCAACCAAGAGCGGCCUGGUCCAGCUGGGCCUGGACGAUAACAACCAGAUCAGAGUCUAUCAUUACUGAGGAGGACAUGAACGCAAAGUUCCUGCUGUACCGUGACUAUCACUGAGGACUUUGGAGCAUUAAUGACUGUGACAGGGCCUCACGUCAGAGUCCCGUGCCCUCUUUGAUCCAUUCCUUUUUUAAACUUUGGGUGCAAGGGUUUUCAGGCAAAGUCCGACCUCCUCAGCAUUGAUUGGAGCUUUGACAUGGCAAUUCAGGGAAUAACAUGUCACAGAGGGCUGAGGACUUUUAUCCUCCAACAUAAGAUAGGGUUGUGAGCAACAGGAGACUUCACAAAGCACUUCAGUGUCGCGUUUACAGAUUACAGCUCUGCCACACUUGCGCCAAACUGUUUUUGAAUGGUUACUUUGAUGGGAAAUGGUUGCUUCUUACAGGGUGUAGUCGAGACAAUCACAGAGAAGUACGUGAAGGUUUAUUUCCUGUACUUUUUUUUUUAGUGGAAGCUUCCCAGGCAUCCAACUGAUCAUCAUGUUGUGAACCCAUUUGCUGCUGCAGGCAGGACAUACCACUACAGCACUAAAAGGCAGUGCUUUACGCAGAGGUCAAGCUACGUUUCAUGACAGGCUACAUUUGUAUUUAUGCCACUGGUUUUGUAAGUGGCGUGUGUGAACGUUUUGUUUUUAACCACUUUGCUUAGAUUUUUUGCAUUUCAGAAACAAAUCCGUUGGAAUCCGAUGUUUUUGUAAAGGUGAAGCCAAUCCACUUUUUAAUUCUACAAUAAUUACUUUUCCAUAUUCCAUAUUACACGGCAGUAGCAGUGAACUGUUGAUUAACGUGUGCCGGCAGAGAAAAAAAAUAUUUUGUGCAUAUAUAUUUGUGUGAAUAAAUACUGUAUUUUUCUAUAAAAUAUUUUAAUAAAUGUAAAUUUAUAUA